CCGCCCGCAGGGACUGCCCCACCGCGAGGGGGAGGACACGGCCCGGCGUGCCUGCCAGGCCCUCCCCGCCCGCCGCGGCCUGACACCGACACGCUCGGCCCCCGCCCCAUUUUGACCCCUCCUGCGGGCAGCCCCCCGCGCCGCGCCGGCAGAGCCACAGCCGGGCCCGCGCCGGCCCCGUGAAGGCUCCCCGCCGGCUCUGCGGCGCCGCUGCCCGCAGUGCUGCCCUGCCGCGCCGGGUGCCUGCGCGCCGCGGGGCUGCGGCACGGCGCCGGGGCGGCCCCGGGGGCGCGGCUGGAGGCGGCGGGGCGCGGCCGGAGCGGAGCGCGGCUGCCCGCAGUGAGGCGGCGGCGGCGGCACCAUGCCUGGCUUCUCCGGGGAGCGCUUCGUGCGGCUGCUGCUGCUCUCGCUGUGCCUCCCGGGCGGCAGCCCCGCAGAUUUACCCAUGACAACACAAGAUGCCAGCCAAACUCAGGGGAACUUGUUGACUCAAAUGCCAACUGGACUUAAUGAAUCAUCUCCUGAGCCCAUGAUGACUACACGAGUUGUCAACCGGCAAACUCGGGAGAGUGUUUCAGAUCACUCACCAGUUGGACAUAGUGUAUCUACACCUGGUCCAGAUCUGACCACACAAGACUUUAAGCAGGCAGUUGAGGAGAAGGCAUCUAACUUCACUGAUUUGGUGUAUGAGGUACUCCUAUCUGGUGUUUCUGGUACUCCUGUGGAAAAAAAUAUCACUUUGGACAGUCCAGCUAAAGUUGAGCUUUCAUGCAGCCUGGCCAAUAAAUAUCCUCAUUUGAAAAUUGUUCAAGUGGCUUGGAAGAAGGGAAAUGAAACAAUCAAGCACAUCAAUAAAACUGAAAAUAGCUGGAGCAUCCAAUUGACAGUCACAGAUGAAAAUGAACUGGGAAGUUACAGUUGUACUCUUAAAGGGGAAGAAGAGUUCAAAGCUGUGUUCCAUUUACAAGUACCAAAAAUUGAAGGAAAAGAAAAACCUAUAAUCAGUUAUGAAGGAGAUACAGUUGUAAUGAUAUGUAAAAGUUCCAAUUAUACUCCCAUCACUUGGACCUGGUACCUGACUAAUGGAAGCGAACAGAUUGCCAUUAAUGAUUCUCUGCUGUCAGACAAAUAUGUAAUUGAUCGAGUACCUGCCAACACAACCCAUCUCAAGAUACUGAAGCUCACCAAGAAAGAUGAUGGUGCAUACUGGUGUGAAGCUGUUUUUAAACUAGGAAAAAGUAAAGGAAAGCUGAAGCUUAAAGUUCUCACCUUCCUGGUGCCACUCAAACCAUUUCUAGCAAUACUGGCUGAAGUUAUUAUUUUAGUAGCUAUUGUUUUCCUUUAUGAGGUGUAUUCCAAAAAGAAAGAGAAGCAUGCAGAAUAUGAAAAGGAAUUUGAACAAGUGGAGCAACUUAAAUCAGAAGAAAGCAAUGGUGUGGAAAGCAGUAGCACUAGGCACAGGAAAGUAUAAAUCUCUUCCUGAAAGAAGGAGAUUUAAACCAACAGAAGUGGAACACUGUGUAACCAUUACAAAGCUACAGAAGACAUAUGCAGCUGUGCAUUUUAAACAUCCACUAUGCGUCUACAUAAACUUCUCUACACUUACUUGUGAGAAAUAAGAUGCUUUUAAAAUAGCUGUGAAACUAGUCAUUUUAUACAGACAAUAUUCGGAUAUACUGCAUUUAGACAUUUGCUGUCUGUAAUAUCGAUGUUUGGCCUUUUACUACUAAAAGGCAAUCUUUAUGCAACCACGCUUCCAGUUAUUUUAUGACUGAUCUGUUUGAUUUUUGUGCCCUAAAUUGGGACUAAUUUUGCAUUCACCAAAUGGAGAGGUAAAUGCAGAAUGGGCCCAUUAUCUAAAGGUGAAUACUGAAGACUUGUUAUAAAGCUGGACUCAUAAGAACAAAAAAUUAUUUCCACCAAAGAAAAUGCCUUUUACUGGCAGAUUAGGCAAAUGUGACGCACAGCCAUUUUUACCAAAGAAAUGGUCAAGGGGAAAUCUUUAUCAUGAUUUAAAUGAAGGAUUAACAAUUCCACAGUUUGCUGUGAACAGUAAAAUAAAAUGUCUUUGUUCUAACUUUUGCUUAGACUCAUUUAAAUCAGGAAGAAAUACAGGUAUAUUCUGAAUAUUUAAGCUAUGAAUUUCCUUAAAAUGCCCUUCCAUAUGGCUCUGCUACUAUACUGUAAUUCUAAACAGCCUAAGCAUUUAAAUACUGUGCAGGUAAAAUACUACAGCAAUAUUUCAGAAUAACUGAAAGAAAACAAGCAAAAAGGACACAGUAUCGUAUAGCAGUAUAACUGAAUUAAUUCCCAACUCUUGCACAAAUUACCCCAGAAUCUGCAGGUUACACAGAUGAGCAGUUUUAGGAUUGUAAUUUGUACAGAAGACAGAACUUUCGGAAGUAUGGCUAUAUGGUUCAUACGACUGCGACUUCUGGCUCAAUACACAGCAAAACAGUCUGUGGUCUAAUUGGCAUUCCUGCUUACCGGAGCAUACUCUACUGUUCUUUAACAAAUUCUCAUCCAAACACAGAGAAGGUCUUGAGCAGCUAAAAUUUUUAGGGUACUAGAAUAAAGCAGCAGAGCAUUAGCUCCAUCAUAUAUACAAUUGUAAUAUUGCUGUUAUGAAUCACCAUAUUGCCAUAGAAGAGCUAGUUGCUGUAAUUGGAAAUGUACCAAUUAAUUGCAUGAUAUAUAUGCAGCAAACAAAAAUGUACAGCUAAUGGAAAACCAAUUGAUUACAUUAGUAGCCUUUCUAAGAAAGGGAAAAGUAAACUCCUCAAAAACAUUCCUCCUCUCAGCAACAAUAUAAGAAAAACCAGGCAGCAUUUGCAAACUCCCUAGUCAAGAGAAAAGAAGAACCAUCUCCUAAACUGCACAACCUCAAGUGGCCAUUUCUCUUUAAAGAGAAAAGUAUACAUAAAAUAAAAGAUUAAAAAAAAAAAAGCAGAAGAGAGAUGGAGUUAAAUUCAAUUUUCAGCUUCUGUGGGCUUGAAAAUAUCAGAAAGGCUAUCACUGGAUGUUUUGUUGGAAGUGGGGGAAAAUCCAGUCUGAUUUGCACUUUUUGUUUGUUUUCAAUUAACACUUUAUUUUGUAGCUUUAAUUUGUACAAUUUUAAAGUCCAAAUAAAAAGCAAUGGGCAGUAUGGAAGCAUAAAAUGAUUGACUUUAAGGGCUGAACACUGAUAAAGAUUUCCCUUAUAAGAUACUGUUUAUUGUAUUUGGCUUUGGAGUUUCUAUGCACUAUACAAACCAAAAUGCAUUUACAUUUUUUUAAUACGAAUUUUUAUCAUUGAUAUGACAGCCUUUUUGUUAUAGCAAGUAAAUCUUUGCACAGUUUAAAAAAAUACUUCUGUAUAUUGAUUGUUUGAAACAUACCAUUCCAAGAUUAUCGCUUUUUUUGUAGAAAAUGGAUGUUUUUUGUUGGAAACUCAGUAAUAAAAACUGUAAGUUUACUUACAGAUCUAUGAAUUAAAUCCUGCGUAAAACAGAAUAAUAUAUUUUUGCAACAAGAAGGAUGUAUAGGUAUAAUAUGAAAGGCAUACUAUCGGAAAAAAAAACUUUUAUCAGAAAUGGAAACAACUUAUUUCUACCUUUACUGAGCAUUCCUACCUGAUCUUGAAAUUGCAAUAUGAAGUCUUGGCCACCAUAGGUGAGUUACAUGAAUAGAAUAUUUUGCCUUAUCAAAUAAGGGCUGCACUAAAGGCAGGCAAGAACCUAGCCUAAGCAUGUGUAUUAGAUGUAUGAUGUGUUCCUCCUGUCAUUACUGUAUUAGUGACAGUUUCUUCAAAUUGGCUCCUGAAACUCUAGUUUGAUCUUGACCUGCCUCCAGCAGGUUCUGCUAGUCAUGUCUCCAGGGGACUCAGUGUUUACAUUUGGGUUGGCAAGUAGUUUCAGUCCUCAUAUCCUGUCUGCCUAGGCUCAAACCUUCUUGGGUUCCCCUGCAGGAGGAAUAAUAACUAUUAAAUAAUAAAUAUUAAAUAAUUGGCAUGGUUAACUGGCAUAACUCCAAAGGCAAAAAAAAGCGCAUUUUUUUAGUCCAAAUACCAAGUAGAAAGCUCUAGAGAUGUAUAAAUUCAUAUUUCAUUAGAAAUAAUUAUAUAUUUUAUAUGUUCAAAAUAUUUCUAUUGCAGUUGCUUUGUGUAUGUUUUAGUAUGCGUAGAUAGCCUUUAAUCUAAAAGAACAAAAACUUGACAAUUUACAAAAAUUCAAGGCAAUGACUUUUUUCAUCUGCUUCAAGCCAAGAGAAUACCAAAUGAGAGCCAAAACAAUCCUUAAAAUACUUUCCCUUCAAACACAGCACUUACAUCUGUGUGUCAGGAUCCACAAAAUUAGUUUGAGUAGCAGCCUGUUUGGCAUAUCCUCUCUUCCGCGAUCAAAUCCUGCUUUUUUGCAAGAAAUGACAUUAUAGUCUACCAUAGCAGCAAAAACCUCCUUUAUUUCUUGGAAGGAAAGACUGAAAUCCACGAGCAAAGCCUGAACGGUCCUGUUUCCUAAUGCUUUAAACUGGUCACUGGAAAUUCAGCAAUUCUCCCUAUGUCCAAAGUGGACACAGGCAACUGUGAGACCAGAUUCCUAAUGAGGCAUGAUAGACUUUAGUUUCCAAAUUUGGAAGCACAUAUACAACCAUAUGAAUAUUUCCUUAGGAUUGAGAAAUAAGAAUUUGUCAAUUUGUAAUUAAUCAGAGUAAUUGCCAGAGUAAAUAAUCAAUUAGCUAUAGGUCAUUUGAUACAAAAUCCUGAGGAAGAGUGAAAAAGCCCACAGUAUUGAACUGAUACUAAAAUAUAUGUCCAUGUGCAUUAAUAAUUACUUUCAGCCAAAGAAGGAGAUUUAUUUUCUGCCUUUAAAUUUGCCCUCAAAACUUUCCAACUAUUGUCAGACACAUUAAAAUUAGAGGAAAACUCCUAUUGGUGUCUUCAGUGUAGGAAAAAAUAUUUUAACUGGGUGUUCUUUAACUCAUUCUGGUUUGGAGCUACCAUUGAGUGCCCAAUAUGUACAGGCUGACCAUGACUAGCUAUAGCAUGCUGUAAUUCCUGUUGGGAGCCCCCAGCUGGAAUAAAACAGGAGGAGCCAAGGGCUGAGGGGGAAACCAGCUGGGAAUGACUGUAGGAACAUGAAGAGGACCUGCUGCUAUUCCACGGGGGUCCUAAGGGGCAGCAGGAGCUGAGAGGAUUUGCUGUUAAGGGUGUACAAGGAAGAUGGACUGCAAAUCAGUAGGAAACCAAGCUUUGUUCUUUCUGCCAUUUGUAUUCUUUGUGUGGGAAGUUCUGCACAGUGGCUGAAAACGGGCUCCCAUUGCUGAGGGCUGGCACAGGUGAAAACAUGAACAAAGCUAACACAUUUUAUAAGCGAAUCAAAAGUUAUAUCCUUGGAAACUUUUCUCCGCUAGUUUUAAUUAGUUUUACAGACUUACUGUUUUCUUAUGCCUUAACAUCCAUAUAAGAAAAUACAUUAAACUAGUCUUCAUGAAAAAAGAUAAUCCAAGUUCCAAGCUUUACAACUUUUUUUUUUUUACUAAAACUGUCUUUGAUUUCUUUAAAUUUACUGUUGAUAAUUGAUUGCACUCAUUUUUGUAGCUGAGUUUUAUAAGACUUCAAACUUGUACUUUUUGUUCUAUCUUACCUAAAAUAAUGAUUUUUGCUUCCACAUAGAAACAUUACCCUAAUAAAGAAAAAAAGAGGACAAUCUUUUUGUUAAAAGGUUGAAGGGAAAACCAAAUCAGAUGAAAUUCCUAUCAGCCGACUUACUUACUUUCUGAACUAUUCUGGAAUUGACAUUAAAAGUUCUGCAACAGUG